AUGCACGUCGUGGAACCGAGUCGGUACCCGGUGUCCCCAGGCGCAGCGUACAUACCCUCCUCUCACACCCUCGAGGAGGCGCUCGCCUUUGAAUCUACCUUGGGAAUGGAGAACAUCGUUCUCGUCCAACCAUCCAUCUACGGUACCGACAACUCAUGCCUCCUCGAAGCCCUGGAACGCAUCGGGCCGUCUCACGGGCGAGGGGUGGUGGUCAUCGACCCGGUGACGACCUGUCCCACGACUCUCUCCGCAUGGCAUACACUCGGCGUGCGGGGCGUGCGAGUAAACCUGAAAUCGGUAGGGAAAGUCCUCUCCGAGGCCGAGCUAGUCGAAACCCUCUCGCAACACGCAGAGCUUAUCCGUACUUUGGGCUGGAUGAUCCAGCUUUACUUGCCUCUGCACAUGAUGCCCAUGCUCGAGCGGAUCGUUCCGUCCCUUGGAGUCAAAAUCUGCAUCGACCACUUUGGGUCCCCUCAACUCCCUCCACCCCCGAUCGUCACCAAUGGUCAAUUCAACCCAUACACCCUCCCGGGCUUUUCGGCACUUAUCUCACUCCUUGAAGCGGGGCAGACCUACGUCAAAAUCUCGGCUCCGUACCGACUCAGCAAGGACAAGCAACUGCGUGAUCUUGGGGCCAUCACGCAGGAACUUUUACGCAGGGCUCCAAGGCGGGUAAUCUACGCGACAGACUGGCCGCAUACGCGGUUUCAUGGGGUUGACGUUCGCCCGUUUACCGAGUUGUGCCUGCAGUUAUGUGCCAGUGAGACUGGCCUAACCGAGCGGGUGUUCAAGUCGAACGCGGAGGAGUUGUUGGGUGUGCAUGGCUAG